AUGCAGACCGUUCCCAGUCUCGUGGGAACUGGCACUGCCGUUGCUGCGGCGGCCCUCGGUCUCGUUUUUGCUCAUCCCGACGACGAGUUGAGUUCCACACAGUCCGCCUCGAACAAGAGGAAACUAGCCUCAGACAAAGACAUUCCUCCGAACCAUCCACUGAGCAGUCCUGCUGUCUCGUUGCGCCCCGGCACCAGUUCUGGCGCCCAGCAGCUGCCGACUCCUACAGAAGACGCAGGCUACACGAAUUUUCCCAACCAACAAUUCUCCUUCUCGAACUCCAACGAGCCCUCGUCCGCGCGCCCUUCCCGUCCACUCAGCUCGCAUUUCAGCUUUGCGCCGUCGUUGCUGCACAGCAGAAGAGCGUCGCACGUGAAGCAGGGAGACCAGGCGGCAACGCCCUACAUCGCGGAGGAUCCCAGAGACUCUGUUUCGUCCAAUGGGUCCUGGAUGAGGCGCUUGUCACUCCGGCCAUUAUCACAACACGGGAGCAUUAGAUCAAGUCUGGGCCUCGACAGCCACUCCGUCGCCUUCUCACACGGUUCCGCGGCCCCGAUUCUGUCGCCCACCGGCUCGAUCCCUCCGCCGUUGCCUCCGAAUAAACUGGUAAAGCGACCCCCUUCGUCACAACGGAAUGAUCCUGUGACGCGCCGCCGGUCCAAAACGCACCUUCCCAGUCUUCGCCGGCCCGCCACCAGUCACCAAAGAUCUGCCACUUUGCACCAGAUUCAUCUCGACGUGAACCACGUUGAGCCCGAUACCGACCCCAAAUUCUCCUUCGACCGCUGCCUCCAAAACGCCGGAGACAGUGCUGCAACUCGCCCUAAACAAGAAAGCGACUCGACUUUCCAAAAACCGAGUCCGAGUACUAAGUGGACCUCGUUCUUCCACGCGCGCAGAGCCAAUGUCACUGCACGGAUCGCUCCCGAUCGCCUAAUUGACCGCAGUCCCAGCACACGAUCCCCCUCGGCGACAACAAGGCGUCUAUUGGUGUCCAACGACAGAAAGCACGGUAUCUACCUGGUUGGUGGUGGUAUGUUGGGGAACACCGUUGCGCCCUCCGAAGACGUCCCAUCGCUUGUGGAAGACGAAGCAGUGGUUGAGGACACGUGCGACGACGUCGGAGACACGAGGGAGCCCGAAGAAGACAACACGCCAGCAACGCCAGACGACACGCCUUCCAAACGUACCCGAAUCUCAAUGCAUUUCAACUCUCCCAACUGGAUCCCGAGGGCGGGCAGUCUUCGACGGACAAAGCGUGGAGCAGGAUCCAAAGGCGAUGGUGGAAGUAAGCGACACGUCUCUGCGCCUACGUCGAUGUCCCCCGGCCGCGCCCAAGACGACGACCAUGCUGCGCCUGCGGACGCAGACGACUUUCAGACGCCGCCAGGCCAUCAAACAGCCGCCAACCUGGACCUCGCAUCAGCUGCACAGAUGAGUCCACGCAGUUCUCCGGCCCCUCUUCCCCCGUUGUCGCGACUCUCCAGCUUCAAUGUCGACGUUUCCCGAAUAGGCUCAUCGGGAGGCGCUGGUCCAUCCCCCCGGUCUAUCCAACCAUCUGGCAGUUCUCAGGGCUCGUCGGCGUUCGCUGCGUACAACCGCAGCGCCCCGACCGAUCGAAGCUCGACUCUGAACAGCUCCGACUUCGACUCGAGAGAUUUUAUCUCGGGCGAUGAUGACACGGACUUCAAGAGCGAGACCAUAUUUGACUCAUUACGAACUGCCGAGUCCGACCGUAACCGCGCGGUCGAGACCCCGCUCGAUCACAUGUUUGACGAGUCGCCGCCAGGCACUGCUGGACACCCCAGGGCCAAGCGACUGUCCAUCCACGAGAUUCUCGGCCGCUCAUGGGAUGCCGAUGACAGAAUCAUGGAGGAGGAUGAGAACAUGCCGACGCCGGUUCGUGUCAACCACGAGCCAAGAAUACGCACCGACUCAGAUAUAAUGGCACCACGCUACAGCUUGGAGCGACCUUCGAAUGAGUAUUCUCUCGGAAGUAAUGACUUUGGCCGCUUGUCGAUUGAGGACGAUUUCGACGACGACUGGGCUCGUGACGAGGAUGACAUGGACUGGGGCAACCAGCUCUCGCCGCCAAGCUCGAUGAACUCCCGUGGCGUCAGUCCCCAUCUGCGCAUGGCACUCGCUAGUAUCAGCGGCAACGGAAACGCCGAUGCGGCACACGACCCUAGCGAACGGCCUCGCAGCAAUAUUUUUGAUUGGAGCGAGCCGACCCAGGACAAGCCAGAUCACAGCAGUUCGUUCCGGCCAAAGACUGCCUACGGAAAGCAGGAACUCGAUAUGAGAGGUGGUCGUACGGCGGUUCGAAAGGGCCCAACGGCUAUGCACGUUCGCAGUCAGAGUGUGCCCGUUGUCCAUGAUCCCACAGAUGGUGCGACAAUGAACCCGAAGUUCGGCACAUGGGGGCUGAGCAGCAAGACUGUGAGCGAGGACUGGGACGAUGACUUCGAGUUCGACGGUAACGAGAACGAGGACAAGGAAGCUGAGAAUGCAUUUGCCAUGGUUGUCCCCGCCUCCAUCCAGGCCUCGCAGCCGAGCCUCAAGCAACAUACUGGGCACAUCAGAGAGUUGUCUUUGCUCGUCAAUGACCUCAAAAGGCUGUGUCGACUCGGCCGAGACUUGGACAUGCUCGGUGGAUCCAAUGCCGGUGUCUGGAAGGAAGCUGAGGGGAUCAUCGCGCUCGCAUCGCCCGACGAAGAUGAGUUGGAGGGCAUGGACGUGGACUCAUCCUCCAUCAUGAGCGGUUUUGACGCUGUGUCGCCCGUUCCAAUCGAAAAAGAAGACCCCUUUGACGAGGUUCACGAACUGAACGUCUCCAAGACGGCCGUUAUUCGGGAGCGAACCGCCGGCCGCAGACGUUCCGUCUUCUCGCCAGACGAUGACAUUUUUGGCGGAAACAGCCCAAUCCUGGACGAGCUUCCUCCUCCACGCCCAAAGACACCUGAGAACAACAUCAACAUGGGCGGGCACGAUGUCACUGAUAUCGUCAGAUCCGUCCUCGACGCCAUGCAGCAGCGGUCCGUUUCUGACUCGGCACGCGAUGACAAGCUCCACUUCGGCACCAACAGCCUCAAGGCUUUGGUCAAGCGCGCAGGCGAUCUUCGAGACACACUGUCAGAGGUCGUGCGCCGCGCAGACCAGAUCACAUCGAGCCCUGCUCGGACGCCCCGUCAGCACAACGACAGCCCGGCCUUUACCCGGGUCUUUACGCCAGACCACACUCCGUCCCCGUCGAGCCCACCAAAGAAGUUGCCUCACAGCAGGAGCACGAAUUCUGGGCUCGGGCGCGGAUCGGUAGAUGCCUCGCCAUCGAGUGGCUUGCAACGGAUGCAAAUGAUGACGGUCAGCUGA